CAGAUUUGGUUCAAAAUUCGUGUAGUAAGCACAUAAAAAGUUUUGUAAAAAACUUACAUUAUUUUUUUGUUAGGUGUUCUCCUCCUAAAAGCCGCUCAGCACACACAAAAGCUAUAACCAAAUUUCAACGAAUAAUAUAUUCUGAUAUUGCCCGAAGAACUUUAAUUUCACCUAUCUUUUAAACAAUGUGCUGUGGUCCGGCUGGAUGGUGUUCAUUCUGUGGCCCGCCGUGUGGCGGACCCUGUUGUCAAUCCUGUUGCGUUGAGAUGUGUUUCUCGCCCUGCACCCCGGCGUUUUUGCAAUGCUCCUUCUGCUGUGGCUGUUGAACGACGGCAGACCUGAUGGCCCCUGGCGUCGGCUGUUGACUGCCGAGGAGCCAAUGGAUCAAUCUGUUCCACCGUCUGCUUCGAUCAACAAGAAUAAUGCA